CUGGCCGAGAGGUUGAGGCGGUUUGCCGUAGAGGAGUGUUCGGAAGCGUCGGACGAAGGGGCGGGCUCCAGAACCUACGAGAUUCUAUCCGAGACGGUGGCAAGCGAUCCGGCCCUGCUCAGCCUGGCGCGGAGGUGCCGUGUUGGCCAACCGAUCCCCAAUCUGCUUUUUGCCGCGGUCAAGCGGAUGGCAGCGGCGUUCCCAGGCUCCGAAUUAGCCGGGCAUUACGGGCAUGCGGUAACUGGCAAUGGGCCGACGCCGGAUUUGGGACGAGCGUUUACAGAGUUUUCGCUGGCGCACGGGAGCCGGAUUGUCGAGCUACUGGAAACGCGGAUGGUGCAGACCAACGAGGUCGGCCGAUGCGCCUAUCUUAUGCCCGGAUUUGGGACGGUAGCAGCGGAAAAUCCUGACCAGCCGCUGGCGUUGGUGGACGUGGGAACCAGCGCCGGUCUGAAUCUGAACUGGGAUAAGUACCGGUACAAAUACUCCAAUGGUGAUGAAUUUGGACCGGCAGAUUCGCGGGUGGUGAUCGAGUGCGACGCCAGGAAUGGGUUGCCGGAUGUGCCGAAGGCGUUUGCGCAGGUGAAUUUCAGGGUUGGGAUCGAUCUGGCGCCGGUGGACCUGGGCGACGAUGAGGAGUACCGGUGGAUGCAGGCGUUGCUGUGGCCGGAGCACCGGGACCGGGGAGCAUUGUUGGCUGCGGCAAAGGAGGUCUGGUUACAAUCGCUGCCCACGAUUCGGUCAGGUGACGCAGUGGAUCUACUUCCCGAAGUACUGAAGGACGUUCCGGAGGGGUCGGCGCUGUGUGUGUUUCAUUGCCACACGCUCAACCAAUGGCCGGCGGAGGCGAGGCAGCGGUUCGACAGCCUUUUGAGAGAGGUGUCCAGACAACGGGCCGUGUAUCACAUGCCUUCAGAGGGAGCCCGAGUCUCGUUACGCAGGAUCGUCGGGGGACACGCCACCACUUUAUAUUCAGCGCGGCGGCAGGUGCACGGGAAAUGGGUUGAAUGGGAUACCGAUGCAAGGGUAUCCCAUGAGAGUGAAUUGCCGUAA